UCAAUGCUUGAGCAACAGCAGACCAGUGCAGAAGAACUUGAAGACAAUCAAAAUGUCGAAGAGGGAGAUAUGUUGACUCUGUUCCAGGAGGACAGGAACGCUGUACAGAGUGUGUGGUCGGACGCCAUCAUGCCGUACACCAUCAGUGAUGCGCUGGCCGACCGAAAGGAAAACAUCCUCGCUGCCUUCAAGAUGAUAUCGGAUGUCUCCUGCAUUCGCUUCGUACCGCACACCGCGGAGUUCAACGUCCUCAACAUCGAAGAUGGCAAAGGCUGCGCCUCCUGCGUCGGUUGUCAAGGAGGAGAACAGCCGCUGUAUUACAGCAGCAAGUGUAGAGUGGGGAACCUCUGCCAUGAGCUCAUUCACGCUCUGGGUCUGCACCACGAACACACCCGCGAGGACCGGGACGAGCACAUCACGGUGCAGUGGGAGAACAUCGUGCCAGGGAAACGAUCAAACUUCAAGGUGCAACAGGGAAACACUCAGAACCUGCUGUAUGACAUCAACUCCAUAAUGCACUAUGGGCCGUAUUUCUUCAGUCAAGAUGGGAGUCAGACUGUGGUGCCCAAGCAGAGUGGGGCGGACAUGGGUCAGCGAACACACCUCAGCGAUCUGGAUAUCAAGAGACUAAACAAACUCUAUCACUGUGGUAAGUUCUUCACUCCACUCCACCCUGAUCAGCCCUCCAAGGGCUCGGUGCCCACAGGGGUUACCAAGCCAGACUUUGUUCGCUCUCUUUUCAUCGAGGAGGAGUCAGCUUCUGAUGAGGACAACUCACCCGCCGAAGAGAAGAGGGGGGAGAUGUCUGAGGAGUAUUCGUCCUCCUCCAAAUCCCCUCCGCCCACCCGGCGUGGCAAUUUGUUUUGGGACGCCAGGAGCCGUCCCAUGAGGGGUGAUUCUUCAACGGUUUAG